AUGGCUGCAGCAGCUCUCCGGCGGCGCAGUAUGAGGCAGCUGGCCCUGCUCACGCUCGCCUCUCUUCUCUGCAGUCUCCUCAUUUUCCCUUCUCUCACAUCGGGAGCAGAACCAGGCGUCAAAUUAUCUCGCUUCGCCCAUCUCCCUUCCAAAAUCAGCUACUUCGACGACAGCACCGUCGCACUCUACCAUGAUGCUACUGCAGGUAUAGUCUAUCGCUCCGAAGAUGAGGGCAAGAGCUGGUCUCCCGUCUCGGGCUCUUCUGCGGGUAAGGCUGCCAUGCUCGUGCCUCACCCUUACGACAAGAAGCAAGCCUUCAUCCUCUCCCGCGAGACUAUCCACUGGCGCUCGAUAGACCGCGGCAAAACGUGGCAAGAGUUUCUCACGCCCGAGGCACCAGCAACACGCGCUGGCGCACCCAUGGAGUUCCACGCCGACGAAAAGCACUGGGACUGGAUCAUCUUUACCGGUAAAAAGUGCUCCAUGUGGACACCCUGGGGCGGCAGGAUCUGCCACGACGAAGCCUACUACACCACCGACGCGUUUGCCACCAACCCAACCCGGCUCUUGGAGUUUGUCAUGCACUGCAACUGGGCCAAAGCAACACCCGAGAUGGAAACCAGCCCGGAUGCACUCAAGCGCAUCUUUUGCAUCGCAUGGGAGGAUGCGCAGGAACAGAAGCGAGCUUCGGUGGCUGCUGCAGGCAGCAGUUCGACGCGCCUCUUCCAAUCGGACGACUUUUUCAAGACGAAAAAGAUGGUCGAGUUGGAUAUGGGUCGAAACUCCAAACAAUUUGCAGGCUUGGGGCCUUCCAAGCGAUUCCUCGUCACCGCCCUGCGCGAUUCGCAGGGCAGUUCGUCAAAGGCAGGCACCGAAAUGGCGCUCUUCGUCACCAGAGAUGGCAACAAGUGGGAAAAGGCCAGAUUCCCGCACGGCUCGGAACUUCGCGAGAAUGCCUACACGGUGGUCGACAGCACCUCUCACUCGAUCAUGGUCGACGUCGUCGACUCGAUCUACGACAACACCGGUGUGCUCUUCACGAGCGACAGCACUGGCACGCAGUUUGUCGAGUCGCUCCGUGGCACGCGUCGCACACCGCAAGGCCUGGUCGAUUUCGAGCACCUGGUGAAGAUCGACGGUGUCGGCAUCGCCAACAUCCAGACCGAAGGCGAAGGCGAUGUGCGUUCCAUGAUCACCUUUGACGAUGGCAGCAGCUGGAACACGCUCAAGCCCCCUACGCAGGACGACAAGGGCAAACGCAUCGACUGCGAUCCUAGCGACACCAAGAACUGCGCUCUCCACCUCUGGUCCGUCUCGGGUAAGACCAACGUCGGCAAGCUUUUUUCAUCGGUCGCGCCCGGCUUCGUCAUGGGCGUCGGCACCAUCGGCAAAGGCCUGAAGGACUACGACGAGUGCGACACCUUCCUCAGCACAGACGCCGGUCGAACUUGGCGCAUGGUCUCGCGCGACGCGCAUAAGUUCGAGUUUGGCGACCAGGGCUCCGUGCUCGUCCUUGUCGACGACGAGGACGUCACCGACCAUGUCUCGUACUCGACCGACUUCGGCAAGACCUGGAACAAGCGCAGCCUCGAUGUCAAGAUGAGGGCAAAAGUGUUGACCACCAUUCCAGACAGCACCUCGCUCAAGUUCUUACUGGUGGGAAGUCAAACGAGGAGUCAGGCGGGAUCCGAGGACCGCAACGUCGCCGUCUUUCUUGAUUUCGCAGAGAUGAAGAAGCGCAAGUGUACAGAGCGCGACAUGGAAAAGUGGUAUGUGCAGGCGGCAGCGGAGGGGAGCUGUCUGAUGGGCCACAAGCAGUGGUACAAGCGCAGAAAGGCGGACGCCGACUGCUUCGUCCAGGACAAGUUCCACGACCCAGAGGGCGAAGAGGACCCGUGCCCCUGCACCGAUGCCGACUACGAGUGCGAUUUCGGCUUUGCGCGCGACACGCAAGGCAGCUGUGUGCCCGCGGGCAACGAGCACAUCCCCGAAGGCGCCUGUGCCAAGCCGGACGACACGUAUCUGGCCUCGUCUGGAUACCGCAAAGUGCCUGGUAACACGUGCGAUGCCAGCAAAGGCAUCCGCAAGGACGAAAAGACGCAAAAGUCGUGCAGCGGCAAGAACGUACCUCCGGAGGGCAAGGUCUUGCACAAGUCGUUCACCUUCCCUUCCCUCGUGGUCGACAAGAUGUACUUCCCGGAAUCUUCGAGCGUCCUCGUGCAGCUGGCCGAUGGUAGUGUAUUUCAAUCUCUCAACGAUGGAUAUUCGUGGAGGCAGCUCGUCGCCGACGGCACACCUGAAUCUGGCGAAGAUCGAUUCCUCACCAUGGCGCUGCAUGCCUAUGAUCCGAAGCGCGGCUAUCUGGUCACCGCAGGCCUGCGGGUCUACUACACCACCGACCAAGGCGCUAGCUGGAAUUGGUUCACUGCGCCACUUCCCGCCAACGGACUGGGCAUUGGCAUCCUCGACUUUCACCCCGACAGGUCGGAUUGGUUGAUCUGGACCGGAUCCCGCAACUGCAUCUCCACCACAGCCACCAAGGACUGCCAUGCCGAGGCGUGGUACUCGCGCACGAACGGCGCCAAGUGGGACAAGAUCGACACGUACGUCCGCACCUGCUCUUGGGCGCGGGAUAAGAAGCUCAAGAUGGACCCCGGCACCAUCUUUUGCGAAAGCUACCAGUACAAGCAGGGCAACCAGCGUGACUUUGCCGCUGAUAACCUCCUCCAGCUCAUCCGCGGCGAUGACUUCUACCGCAAACGCACCCUCAUCUUCAACGCGAUUGUUGGGUUUGCCGUCUUUGAGCAGUACCUUGUCGUGGCCGAGUACGUCAGGACAACUUCGACACCCACUCUCAAGCUGCAGGUCUCGCUCAACGGUCGCGACUUUGCAGAGAUCCAGUUCCCUCCGGGCAUGGAGCUCGGCACGCGCGCCUACACAGUGCUGGACUCGGUGACCGACGCCAUCUUCCUGCAUUUCACCACGCACGCCGAAAAGGGAUCCGAGUGGGGCACGUUGCUCAAGAGCAACUCAAACGGCACGUACUACACCCAGUCGCUCGACUUUGUCAACCGCAACGAGCAGGGCUUUGUCGACUUUGAAAAAAUGCUUGGCCUCGACGGCGUGGCGAUCGUCAAUGUCGUCAAUAACCCGGACGACGCCUCGGUUUCGCGGCAAAAGGAUCUCGUGACACGCAUCACGCACAACGAUGGCGGUCGAUGGAAGUCGCUCGUGCCGCCCAACCGCGAUGUACAUGGCCAGCCGUACGAAUGCAACCAGGUGGGCUGCGACUUGCAUCUGCACGGCUUCACCGAGCGAGACGACCCGCGAGAUACGUACAGCAGCCCGUCCGCGGUUGGCCUCAUGAUGGGCGUUGGCAACGUCGGUCGCAAGCUCGCUCCGUACCGUGAUUCCGACACGUUCCUGACGCGCGACGGCGGCUUCACGUGGGAAGAGGUGCACAAGGAUGCGCACAAGUGGGAGUUCGGCGACCAGGGAUCCAUCAUUGUGCUGGUCAACGACGAGCAGGCAACGGAUACGGUGCUCUACUCGCUCAACGAGGGCGUGAGCUGGGAUUCGUACGCGUUUGGCCAGAAGAUGCGCAUCUCGCAGAUCCUGACGGUGCCCGAGGACACGCAUCGUCGCUUCAUCCUGCUCGGCACGCCGAGUGGGUCGGCGACCAAGAGCGUGGCUGUCUACCUCGAUUUCUCGCGGCUCGAGUCGCGCAAGUGCGUGCUCAACGUGGCCAAACCAGAGGCGGAUGAUUUCGAGUUGUGGUCGCCGAGUGAAGAGCGCGCCGAGCGGUGUCUGUUCGGUCGACAGACUUACUACUACCGACGCAAGCGCCGAGCCGACUGCUACGUGGGCGAGAAGAUCGUUCAACCACACACGGUGAGCCAUAACUGCUCGUGCACUGAGGCCGAUUUUGAGUGCGACUUCAACCACUAUCGCGAUGCGAGCGGCGAGUGCGUGCUGUAUCCUGGCGUGUCUCCGCUACUCACGGAUGCAGCAGGCCAAUGCUGGGCGGAGGACAGCGAUGGAUACUGGUACGAGCGCACCAAUGUUCGCAAGAUCCCGUACUCGUCGUGCGAAGGGGGUGCACGCCCGGAUCGAGGCACAAGGCACGUGUGCAGCAACAACCUCGCGGGCCACGGUUUCCUGUGGUGGGUGACCGUGAUCGCAUGCCCCUUUGGACUGGCCGGGCUGGUCGGCUACUGGUGGGCCAAGAAGCAGUCGAGUCGCACUGGGCUGGGCACGGGUCGCAUCAGGCUGCCAGACAGCUCGACGAGGCUGUACGGACCGGACUCGGAGCUGGCGCAGAACCUGGCGAGCGUGCCGAGGUUUGUGCUGGGGGCGGCGAGCGCCGCACUGGCUAGCUUGCGCGAGGUGGUAUCGGAGAGAAUACCGUUUGUGCGGAAUAGGUUUAACCGAUCACGUGGCACGUACGGUGGGUACAGGCAUCUGUCGACAGACGAGGAUGCUGCCAUGCUGCCGGACUUCGAGGAGGAUGAGCUGGAGCGCUGA